ACGGGAAAAAGCGAAAAUCGAUGAUUUUGCUCGCGUCGAUUCACUGCUACGGACUACACAAUCGGAGGUGUCUUUUCGGUGUCCGUUUUUCUAAUCGGGAUUUUCGCGAAGAAAAAGCCACCAAUUUCAAAUUGGUUUUGUGUUUCGGGCUGAUUGUGCGGAAAGUAGUGCAAGUGCGUAUUGUUGGUUGAUGUUCAAUUUGCCGUGGGGUCGUGGGAGUUGAAGAAGGAAAAAAUAAAGCUGGGCAAACAAUCCAGCAGCAGUCGCUGCGGCUCCCCAGAGGUGCGGAUUGCUGAAAGAAGCUGAGAUUUCCGAAGAAGAGGAGCCCCACGAGUCAGUCGAUCGUGUGCGUGUGUGUGUGUGUGUGAGCAUGUGAAAAAAUGUGAAUCAUUUUCUUGUGGUGCCGAAGAGAAGAGUUUUUCCAGCAGUUUUCCUGAAGAAAUUCCGCCGCGAAGGGUUUCCUUCCGUAAUGGGAAAGGAGGUAGUUGUUCUGGCAAGUGAAAAGUGCUAGGGCGCUCCGUACCCGAUUCCCGGAGCUGCGCCCUCCCCCCAGAGUGGUUCCCCGGGGAGGAAGAAGAGUGUGUGUUGUCGUUGUUUUUUGUUCCGGUUGGAUUGGAGAAAAAAUAAAACAGAGGAAGGUAGUUCCUCGGCGGAGUUUGCAAACCCCACUUGAGGUAGUGAUCAGUAAUUUUCCCCUGAAUGGAAGAAAAUUUCCUGUGUUUACAUGAGUGAAAUCCGCUGCUAGUCGGACGGAAAGUGAUAGAAGAAGAAGAUAUACAUUUCAGCUUUCGGCAUUAGCAAGGAAGUGCUGGAUCCAGCGAGGCUGGCAGGCAGAAUGGCGGCGGACCUGACGAGGCCGCCCUUCAGCGAAAUCAAGCGGCCCGAGGAAGUGGUGAAAAUGUCGAUGACGGACAAUCUCAAGUUCGCCGUCCUGAUCGGGCUGAUCGAGGUCGGACAGGUCUCGAACCGGGAGGUGGUCAACACCGUGCUGCACCUGCUCGUCGGCGGCGAGUUCGACAUGGAGCUGAACUUUGUCGUCCAGGACGCCCAGAACGUGAAACACAUGCUGGAACUGUUGGACCACUGCCCGGCCAACCUACAGGCCGAAGUGUGGAGCGUCUUCAUCGCCAUCCUCAAGAAGAGCGUCCGCAAUCUGCAGGCCUGCACCGAAAUCGGCCUGAUCGAACAUGUCCUGGCGAGGCUGCAGCGGGCCGAGCCCAUCGUUGCCGAUUUGCUCAUCGAGAUGCUCGGGGUGCUGGCCAGCUACAGUAUCACAGUCAAAGAGCUGAAGCUGCUGUUCGGCGCGAUGAAGGCCAUCAACGGCAAGUGGCCCCGGCAUUCGGCCAAACUGCUGAAUGUGCUCAAGCAGAUGCCGCACCGGAACGGGCCGGAUGUGUUCUUCAGCUUCCCCGGGCGGAAGGGAUCGGCAGUGGUGCUCCCGCCACUGGCGAAAUGGCCUUACGAGAAUGGAUUCACCUUCACCACUUGGUUCCGGUUGGAUCCCAUCAACUCAGUCAAUAUCGAACGCGAGAAGCCCUAUCUGUAUUGCUUCAAAACGUCCAAGGGCGUCGGCUAUACGGCCCACUUCGUCGGCAACUGCCUCGUGCUGACGUCGAUGAAGGUCAAGGGCAAGGGUUUCCAGCACUGCGUCAAGUACGAGUUUCAACCGCGCAAGUGGUACAUGAUCGCCAUCGUGUACAUCUACAACCGCUGGACCAAGAGUGAGAUCAAGUGCCUGGUCAACGGUCAGCUCGCCUCCAGCACCGAGAUGGCCUGGUUCGUUUCGACGAAUGAUCCCUUCGACAAGUGCUACAUCGGUGCCACGCCGGAACUGGACGAAGAGCGGGUAUUCUGCGGCCAAAUGGCCGCCAUCUACCUGUUCAGCGAAGCCCUGACGACGCAGCAAAUCUGCGCCAUGCACCGGCUAGGUCCCGGCUAUAAGUCCCAGUUCCGGUUCGACAACGAGUGCUACCUAAACCUGCCGGACAACCACAAGCGGGUGAGUUUCGAGCCGGCCGCGAUCGGAGGAGGCGGCGGCGCUGGUGGCGGUUCGUCCGCCGUAGCGUCUACCGCCCUAUCGUCCCUCUCGCCGACGCCACCGGCUCCGAUCGAAUCCAACAUCCAUCGGAAUUUGGUGGCCUCCGCCGCCGCCGCCACCGCUAGCGGUAGUAGUGGUAAUGGGGCUAGUGCAGGCAGCGCUGCUGGAAUUGCCGGUUCCAGCGGAUUGGUUGCCGGAGGCGGAGGUGGCAGCGGCGGCGUCGUUUUGCUAGAUGCUUCCGGCGAACCGUUUGAGUUUGGCUCCGUCCUCUACGACGGAAAGCUGUCCAGUGCAAUCGUAUUCAUGUACAAUCCCGUCGCAACCGAUGGCCAACUGUGUCUACAAUCAGCCCCCAAGGGCAAUCUGUCCUUCUUUGUGCAUACGCCCCAUUCGCUCAUGCUGCAGGACGUGAAAGCAGUGGUCACCCAUUCGAUUCACUGUACGCUCAAUUCGAUCGGUGGAAUUCAAGUCCUGUUUCCGCUGUUCUCCCAGCUCGACAUGCCCUACGAGGGCACCGACGUCAAAAAGGAUCCAACGCUUUGUGCCAAGCUGCUUGGGUUCAUCUGCGAACUGGUCGAGAGCUCGCAGACCGUUCAACAGCACAUGAUUCAGAACCGUGGAUUCCUGGUGAUUUCCUUCAUGCUACAACGCUCGUCCCGGGAUCAUCUGACCUCGGAGGUGCUCGGAUCGUUCCUCAGCCUGACCAAGUAUCUGGUGACCUGCCUGUCCGCCAACUCGGACCUCCUGCUGAAACAGCUCUUCUGUUUCUCUUUCCUCACCUGGCAGCUGCUGGACCACGUGCUGUUCAACCCGUCGCUCUGGAUCUACACCCCGGCCACGGUUCAGGCCCGGCUCUAUGCCUACCUGGCGACGGAGUUCCUCUCGGACACCCAGAUCUACAGCAACGUCCGGCGGGUCAGCACCGUCCUGCAGACGGUCCACACCCUCAAGUUCUACUACUGGGUCGUCAAUCCCCGGGCCAAGUCCGGCAUCACGCCGAAAGGCCUGGACGGCCCACGACCGGCCCAGAAGGAUAUCCUAGCCAUUAGGGCUUACAUACUGCUGUUCCUGAAGCAGCUCAUCAUGAUCGGAAACGGUGUCAAGGAUGACGAACUGCAGAGCAUCCUGAACUACCUGAUGACGAUGCACGAGGACGAAAACCUGCACGACGUCCUGCAGAUGCUGAUAUCGCUCAUGUCCGAGCACCCCAGCUCGAUGGUUCCGGCCUUCGAUGUCAAGCACGGCGUCCGGACAAUCUUCAAACUGCUGGCCGCCGAAAGUCAGCUGAUACGGCUCCAAGCGCUCAAGCUACUCGGGUUCUUCCUAUCCCGCAGUACGCACAAACGCAAGUACGACGUCAUGUCCCCGCAUAACCUCUACACCCUGCUAGCGGAGCGGCUCCUCCUGUACGAGGAAUCCCUCUCGCUGCCGACCUACAACGUCCUGUACGAGAUCAUGACCGAGCACAUCUCCCAGCAAAUCCUCUACGCCAAGCACCCGGAACCGGAAAGUCACUACCGCCUGGAGAACCCCAUGAUCCUCAAGGUGGUCGCCACCCUAAUCCGCCAGUCCAAGCAGAGCGAACAGCUUCUGGAAGUCAAGAAGCUGUUCCUCUCCGACAUGACCCUUCUGUGCAACAACAAUCGCGAGAACCGGCGAACCGUGCUGCAGAUGAGCGUCUGGCAGGAGUGGCUCAUCGCCAUGGCGUACAUCCACCCGAAGAACUCCGAAGAACAGAAGCUGUCCGAUAUGGUCUAUUCCCUAUUCCGGAUGCUGCUGCAUCACGCGAUCAAGUACGAAUACGGUGGCUGGCGGGUGUGGGUCGAUACGCUUGCGAUCGUCCACUCGAAGGUGUCGUACGAGGAGUUCAAGCUGCAGUUCGCCCAGAUGUACGAACACUACGAGAAGCAUCGGACGGACAACAUUACGGAUCCGGCACUGCGGCAACAGCGACCAAUCAGCACAAUCAGCGGUUGGGAGCGUGGAGCCGGUGGAGAUCGAGGCGGAGGAGGAGACGACGGAGGAGGGCCGGUUAAAGGUGAAGUAGCGGCUCUGGAAGGGACGAAGAAGUGUAUCUGCGAACCAGGAGAGGUAGAAGAAGGAGUGAAAGGUAAGGCUAGGGAAGUGUUGGAAAACGGCGAUGAAGAGGAAGAUGAAGAGGAGGAGGAAGAAGAAGAGGAAGAGGAGAUGGAGGAAGAGCAGGGCGAAGAGGAGAUGGAGGAAGAAGAGGAGGAGCUAUCGCAAAGCGAGAUGAAGAAGGCAUUGGAGAUCGGUUCGCUCAAGGACAGUCAAAGCGUGUCGGAGCAGGUGGUGGAGAACAUAGUGGAAGAGAUCAUUAGCAAAUCAGAGAGCAUGCUGAAAGAAACCGAACAGCUGCAGCAGUCUAGCGCAGAACAGACGACUUCGUCUCCAGUGAUCAAGGACGAAGAAAUCGAACUGGCAGUGAACGAAGUGGUUCAGGGAGUUUUGUCACUGAAAACUUCCAGUGCAACGCCGACGACGACGACGGCAGGAGAAGAUGCGUUGAAUAACAACAACGGCAGCAGUACCGACGAUGUCAUGCAGAAGACUGAUAGCGUAGCAUCAAGUGCAAUAACUAGUGUUAAUAGCAACAAUUUAAACAAUAAUAAUCUAAGUAGCAAUAGCGGUGAAGAAGAAGAGGAGGAGCACGAUACCGACGACGGUCAAGAAGCACCGAGUGAAGAGCAGGUCAAAGCCAUGAUCUCCAAUAUUGUGAACGAAAUGGUGGACAACAGUCUGAAAGCAGACAGCACGACGGACGCCAAUGAAAACCACGUCUCUUCGGACGUGACGAUGGAGCAGAGUGAAAUUGAAGCUCAAGUCAAGGAGGUCGUCGAGUCCAUCAUCACCGAUGCGGUUCUGAAGGCCGAACAGAUUUCCACCCCGGAGCCGGAUCAGGAACCGGAACAGAUGAGUACCGAGUCUAGUCCGGAGAAGGAGGGCCUCCGUACCGUGAAUGUCGGUACGGUUUCGGCGGAAAUCGCCCGGAACGAAGCCUGCGCAGACAUCAAAGAAGAACUCGAAGAGGAUGAACCGGAAGAUGAUGAAGAGGACGAAGACAGUGAAGUGCCGGACACUCCGGUCACCGUCGCAACCGUGAUAAUGAACGACGCAGUUACCCAAAGCGCAAGUCAGUCGUCCGCAGUUCCGACGAUUACCAAGAAGACAGCAGUCAACGCCUCAACCAGUACGGCUAACGAUUCUCCUCCGGCACACUACGGAACCAACGCGGGAGGCUCCACCAAGCAGCAACGCUCCAAAUCCGCCUCAACCCGUCCAAUGUUCUCGCCGGGACCUACCCGGCCUCCCUUCCGGAUCCCCGAGUUCAAGUGGUCCUACAUCCACCAGCGACUCCUCUCGGACGUCCUCUUCUCGCUCGAGACCGACAUCCAAGUGUGGCGUUCGCACUCGACCAAGAGUGUUCUGGAUUUCGUCAACUCUGCCGAAAAUGCAAUCUUCGUGGUGAACACGGUUCACCUGAUCUCGCAACUCGCUGACAAUCUGAUCAUUGCCUGCGGCGGACUCCUGCCGCUACUCGCCAGCGCCACGUCUCCCAAUUCCGAAUUGGAUGUUCUGGAACCGACGCAGGGCAUGCCACUGGACGUGGCCGUAUCAUUCCUGCAGCGUCUGGUCAACAUGGCCGACGUCCUCAUCUUUGCCAGCAGCCUAAACUUUGGCGAACUGGAAGCCGAGAAGAACAUGUCCAGCGGAGGCAUCCUCCGUCAGUGUCUCCGGUUGGUGUGUACAUGUGCCGUCCGGAACUGCCUCGAGUGCAAGGAACGAACCCGGGGUCUCUACAAUGGAAUGUCCCUCAAGGACAUUCCCGGCGGAGCGCACCUGCAAGCCCUAAUCCGCGGAGCGCAAACCACCUCCAAGACAAUCAUCGAAUCCCUGUCCGGCCCGAUGAGUCCGGUCAAAGAUCCAGAGAAGCUACUCCAGGACAUGGACAUCAACCGGCUGCGGGCGGUCAUCUAUCGGGAUGUGAAACGUCUGUUCCAGGAGGAGACCAAACAGGCCCAGUUCCUCUCGCUGGCCAUCGUCUACUUCAUCUCGGUCCUGAUGGUGUCCAAGUACCGGGACAUCCUGGAACCGCCGCCGGAGCUUCAGAUCCACCGGAACUCGUCGCCGGUCAUGCAACGGCAAACUCCAACCCAAGAUCCGAGCAAUCGUCCACUGUUCCCGCAAUGGUCGCACCACGUCUAUCCACAGUUCCUACCGGGUUCGCAUCCGAACCACCAAUCGGCGAUGAGCGCACCUUCGUCAUCGUCCGCCGCAUCGUCGUCUCUGGUGGCCACUGCAGCGGCCGCAGCUGCUGCCGCCGCCGCUGCCUCUGGCCAAGCCCCGCAACUGAUGAGCUCCUCCUCUUCGGCAGUGCUCGGUGGUGGUGGUAGUAGUGGAGGAGGCGGACCGAUUCCGCACGCGGCCAACCUGCAGAUGAUGCACCACGGAAGCAACAAUACGAUCACAUCGUCGUCCUCCCAGACGACCUCGUCGUCGUCGUCUUCGGUCGGUAUGAUGAACGGUAGCAACAAUAACAACAACAACAACAACAAUGGCGGUCUGUCAGGACCUACUCUGAAUGGACCCAUGGUGGCCUACAAUGGUAAUGGUAACAGCAAUGGUUAUCCGAGCGAUAUGGUCAAUUGCUAUACGGGAGUCACCGGGCAUCAUCAUCAUCAGCAACAACAGGCGCAACAUAACCUCACCAAUAACAAUUCGUUGACGGCACUCAACUCCGGUGCCGGUCCGUAUGGGCAGGCCCAUCUGCGUGGCCGAACCGGUGGCCUCAACAACGGUCUCGUUGGUCAUCCAGCCGGAGGCAAACUUGGGAAAGGACUCAAUAACGGUGAUAACCAUAUCUAUCAUUGUAACGGUAUGACAGGUAACCGCUCGCUCCAGGAUGGCGACUACGAGGUGAUCGUGGUGGACGAGAACAACUCGUCGGUGAUAGCGGACAAUGAUUCGCACUCGAGUGGGCCGCUGUCGAUCAAGGCCACAACCUCUCGCCGGGCAUCAUCGGUUUAUGGUACUCCAACUUCACCCAGGAGCUUUGACAGUAACGAUAACGGUAACAACAACAACAACGGCAACAACACUCCCACUAACACAAGGUAUCCGGCAACUACUACCACAAUUACUACCACUAGCAUAAGUACGUUCCAAGAUCAGCCUCUUUCGCCGGCGAAACCACAACCACCACCGUCCACAUUACAGCAGCAGAAACAGACGAAGAGCGUCGAUUCGGAUGCCGCGUCGCUGAACCUCAACUCUACGGAGAACGACGCCCCGGAGGUGGAAACCUCCAGCGAGAUCAUGGCCGACGACAACAAACCGACCAACUCGAACGACGAAAGCUGGACCGAUGUCAAUCUGAACGACGAAGGCCCUACGGAAAGCUCGAUCGUGCCACCCGGCGGCAAGUCGUCGCUGAUGCGUGGUGUGACGUCCGACAUCUCCGGUCAAACCAACGCCGGCGGGCAACUGUCCGGUAACCAUUCCAACAAACUCGAAUCCGACAUUUCGGUGGUUCGCGUCCCGGAUAACUACCAAUCGUCGGUGGCGGCAGCACGUGGGCGUCCGGAGGAUCUGAACCUCAAGGCGCCCUUCGUGGGACAGAUCCCGAUGGCGAUCCCCUCGAGGGAAGCCAGCCUGACCCAGAAGCUCGAGAUCGCACUGGGGCCGGUUUGCCCACUGCUGCGUGAAAUAAUGGUAGACUUUGCACCAUUCCUCUCCAAGACCCUGGUCGGAUCACACGGACAGGAGCUGCUCAUGGAAGGCAAGGGACUAACCACCUUCAAGAACAGCCACUCGGUUGUCGAACUGGUCAUGUUGCUGUGCUCGCAAGAAUGGCAGAACAGUCUGCAGAAGCACGCUGGACUGGCAUUCAUCGAGUUGAUCAACGAAGGCCGACUGCUGUCGCAUGCGAUGAAGGACCACAUCGUCCGAGUUGCCAACGAGGCGGAGUUCAUCCUGAACCGAAUGCGAGCCGAUGACGUGCUGAAGCAUGCGGACUUUGAAUCGCAGUGCGCCCAAACACUGCUGGAACGACGCGAGGAAGAGCGAAUGUGUGAUCAUCUGAUCACGGCUGCCCGAAGGCGGGACAACGUGAUCGCCAGCAGACUGCUGGAAAAAGUUAGGAACAUUAUGGGCAACCGGCACGGUGCCUGGGGCGACAGCAGUGGAGCCUACCAGAAACAGAUCUUCUGGAAACUGGACGCCUGGGAAGAUGACGCCAGACGAAGGAAACGAAUGGUUCAGAAUCCUCGAGGAUCAACUCAUCCACAGGCUACGCUGAAGGCAUCUCUGGAGAACGGCGGAAACGAAGAAACUCGGGAAGCGACCCGGGAUGAAAUCUACUCGCAGAUUGCGGUGCCACGGUCGCAACAACCCGACCUGCUGGACGAUUCGGAGCUCUUGAUCGAAGAUCGCGAGCUGGACCUAGACCUUACCGGUCCGGUCAAUAUCAGCACCAAGGCGAAGCUGAUUGCCCCUGGUCUGGUAGCACCCGGAACGAUGUCAAUUACCUCGACGGAAAUGUACUUUGAAGUGGACGAGGAAAACCCCGAGUUCCAAGGCAUUGAUCAGGAGGUCCUGAAAUACUGUGAUCAUCUACACGGCAAGUGGUAUUUCUCCGAGAUCCGGGCGAUCUUCUCCCGUCGAUACCUGCUGCAAAACGUAGCGCUGGAGAUUUUCCUUGCCAGCAGAACGUCGAUCCUGUUUGCCUUCCCCGACCAGCAUACGGUCAAGAAGGUGAUCAAGGCUUUGCCACGCGUUGGAGUCGGAAUCAAGUACGGCAUUCCGCAGACCCGUCGAGCCUCGAUGAUGUCCCCCCGGCAGCUGAUGCGGAAUUCCAACAUGACGCAAAAGUGGCAACGCCGUGAAAUAUCCAACUUUGAGUAUUUGAUGUUCCUGAACACGAUCGCCGGUCGGACCUACAACGACCUGAACCAGUACCCGGUGUUCCCAUGGGUCCUCACCAACUACGAAUCUCGGGAGCUGGAUCUCAGCCAACCAUCCAACUACCGAGAUCUGUCGAAACCGAUCGGAGCUUUGAAUCCUUCCCGAAGAGAGUACUUCGAAGAACGAUACGAGAGCUGGGAUACCCCAGGCAUUCCUCCGUUCCACUACGGUACUCACUAUUCCACGUCGGCGUUCGUGCUGAAUUGGCUGAUUCGGAUGGAACCCUUCACCACAAUGUUCCUAGCGCUACAGGGCGGUAAAUUCGAUCACCCCGAUCGACUGUUCUCCUCGAUCGCCCUGUCCUGGAAGAACUGCCAACGGGACACCUCGGACGUCAAGGAACUCAUCCCGGAGUGGUACUUCCUGCCGGAGAUGUUCUACAACUCCUCCGACUACCGCCUAGGUCAGCGGGAAGACGGCACCCUCGUCAGUGACAUCGAGCUGCCUCCGUGGGCAAAGACUCCGGAAGAAUUCGUCCGCAUUAACCGGAUGGCUCUGGAAUCGGAGUUCGUUUCCUGUCAAUUACACCAGUGGAUCGAUCUGAUCUUCGGCUACAAACAACGCGGACCGGAAGCGAUGCGUGCCACCAACGUAUUCUACUACCUAACCUACGAGGGUAGCGUCGACCUGGACACGAUCACGGAUUCGGUCACACGCGAAGCGAUCGAGAAUCAGAUUAGGAACUUCGGUCAAACACCUAGUCUGUUGCUGAUGGAACCCCACCCGCCGCGGAGUUCGGCCAUGCACCUGUCGCCGAUGAUGUUCAACACCAUGCCGGACGAUGUGUGCAUGUCGCUCAAGUUCCACCUGAACUCGCCGAUCAUCCACAUAUCGGCCAACACGUACCCUCAGCUGCCACUGCCUUCGGUUGUGACCGUCACGGCUGGCCAUCAAUUCGCGGUCAACCGUUGGAACUGCCAGUACACCGCCAGCAUCCAGAGCCCGAGCUACGCCGAGUCGUCGCAGAAUGUGAACGCCAAUCUGCCGCUCACGAUGGAUCCUCUGCUCUCACAAAUCAACGGCCACAACAGCAACAGUCAACAGCAGAACCGUCGCCAUCUGGGCGAUAACUUCAGUCAGAAGCUGCGCAUCAAAUCCAACUGCUAUGUCACCACCGUCGACAGUCGAUUCCUAAUUGCGUGCGGAUUUUGGGACAACAGUUUCCGGGUAUUUUCGACCGAGACGGCCAAAAUCGUGCAGAUUAUCUUCGGGCACUUUGACGUGGUGACUUGCCUGUCCCGGUCGGAGUGUAACAUUACCUCCGAUUGCUACAUUGCGUCCGGAUCGGCCGAUUGUACGAUUCUCCUGUGGCACUGGAAUGCCCGAACGCAGAGCAUCGUCGGAGAAGGGGAGAUUCCGACCCCUCGGGCAACUUUGACCGGACACGAAACGUCGGUGACAUCGGUUGUGAUCAGCGCUGAACUCGGUUUGGUCGUUUCCGGAUCGAUAAACGGACCGGUGUUGGUGCAUACCACAUUCGGAGACCUGCUUCGCUCGCUGGAAGCGCCAACGGAUUUCAUUUCACCGGAGAACAUCACCCUCUCGCGGGAGGGUUUCAUCGUGGUGAACUACGACGAGGGCAACGUGGCUGCAUACACCAUCAACGGUAAACUGCUGAGACACGAGUCCCACAACGAUAACCUUCAGUGCAUGCUGCUGUCACGGGACGGGGAAUACCUGAUGACCGCCGGCAACAAGGGAAUCGUGGAGGUUUGGCGGACGUUCAACCUGGCUCCGCUAUAUGCAUUCCCAGCGUGCAACAGUGGAAUUCGAUCGCUGGCGCUGACCCACGAUCAGAAAUACCUCCUGGCGGGUCUGGCCACGGGUUCGAUCAUCGUGUUCCACAUCGAUUUCAACCGUUGGCAUCACGAGUAUCAGCAGCGCUAUUGAAACUCGUCUCUCCGGUAUGUCUCGAUAACGAGCCAAGGUGAAGCAGAACUGCAAUACCAUCAUCAACAACAACAACAACAACACCGAACUCGACCGCAUUCGAACCGGUAUUCCGGUGGAAACAGCGAUAGCGAUCGUGAAUCGCUGGUCGUCGUGUUCUGAAUGACAGACACACCCACACCCAACCACAACCACACAAAUGAGGCCAAAUUAUUGACUUAUAAUUGGAAAUACGAGAAAGAAAAGGUAAGCAAUUGUUACUUAUUGUCUAAUGAGCGAGGGGGGAAGAGUGACGUUACGCUUUCAAGUGCGUAGCAUAGAUUUAGGGGACGAAAAGCUUUUAACGGUUCAAACUUUAACAAGCAAAAUGUGUUGCAAAGCUUCAAAUUAUGAGAGUAAAAAAAUGCAAAGCAGACAACCUUAAAAACUAACUGUUUAGAUGUAAGCGGAAAUCUUCUUUACCGACGCAAAAACAACACUUGCAAAGAGAAAAGUGUUAAAACAAUGCCAAAUUUGAUGUAUUCACAACACAAGAAAGACACAGGAUAACAAAUUCUUUUAAUCACAUGAACUCAAACCGGUAUGGGAGGAGGAGAAGGAGAAAGGUUUGGAAUUCACCAUACUUUUAAAAUGAACUAAUAAUAAUAAUAAAAACAACCGACACGGAGAAAGCGGAAUGGUGCGAAAUGUAUGCCAAAUGUAAAUUUAAACAAAAAUCAGAAAAUUUUAGAGCAACUAACGCUGCGGAAGAAGCCAACGAAAGCUGGCGAUGGGGAGCAUGUUUUAAGCAGAAAAUGAUGUGAAUUAAAAUAAAAAAUCUUCUGAGGUUAUCCGUCCGCAAAUAUUUACAUAAACCUUGAAACACAAGAGAGUAAUCAAGCACUAGACCGCAGCACUUUUUAAAUGCCACUCCUGGAACGCUAAUUUUUGCAUUACUACUUAACCAGAACAACAACACAGAUACACACACACACACACACACACACACACACACACACACACACUGCAGUGACAGUGGUCAAAAGCGACGAAACUUAGUAUACAUACUUAGAGGAAAGGAGAGCGGAAAGUAAAAACAUUAAUAUAAACUAUUCACGUGCCAAGCAUUUUUUGAAAAAAUCCUGCCCAGAUUUAAAUAACAAAACAAGUAACGAUCGUAAAACAAGAAAACAAAUCCACACAGAGUGUUUAGAGAGCUUUGGCUUACUUUCUUCUGUUUUUGUGGGGCGACGACAAGUGACAGUUCUCUAACGCUCACAUUGCAACACUGCUAAGAAAAGAAAACACACACACACACACAAAUGGACGGAACAACUGGCAACACUGAAAAAGAAAACGUAGAGGAGAAAGUAAACAACCCAAUGAGAGUGCGUAAUUUUCCGUCCAAAUAGCUUGCUUUUUGUUCUAAGUGUAACACGCGCACCGCCGCACAUCCGAAGAGAUACAUACCCACACAUACACACGCGCGCUCACGCGUUCUUUUUCGUCAGUCACGGAUAAUGUAGGAACACGACGUAAACACCAUGUUCGUUUACAUUUCUGUUGUUUUAUAUUGGAAAAGAGGAAGCCAAGCGUGAGCCGUUCGUGGUUCAUUUUUGAUUUUCGCUUACGAAUAGUACGGGAAUGGGAAUCCACCGCCUUUUUUUGUGAUCGUGCACGGUGCACGGGGAAAGAGUUGAGGAUUUCCAACACUGGCUCAGUUGGAAAACUGAAAGCCAUAAGUUAUGAUCAUAUUUUUUGCGCUUUGUACUUAACGGAAAACAGAGACUAGUCCUUACGGAGAAGACACAAACAACGUAUUAUCGAGAAUCAGAUUUCGUCCAAAAUUCCCCGUUUUCUAAGCACAUUCCUGUGUCAAAAAAGAUAUGUUGCUCAUUCCACCUUAAGUGUUAUUUUUAGAGUAAACAAUAUUCGACGUAGACUGAUACGAAAAAACAAGACAGGAAUCUUUCCCGAACCAUUCCGUUGUUGAUAGUGAGAGUGAAUUAAGAUUUUUUCUAAAGACAAGUACUUAAUUUACACCUUUUUCCCCCCACUACUUUUAAGUCACCAGUUUUAGUCCCUAAGUUGGUGUUGGUGUAACUUUAAUCCUUUGUAGAUUAGAAGCAAA